CCGCCCCAGCCUCGGCUUCCUCCGCAGCUCCGCGAGCAGGAGCCUGACAGCCCCGCUGGCUGGCCAUGGAGACCCGCGCGUGGCGGCUGCGUCUUCUCCCGCUGCUGCUGCUGUUUUGUGGUGGGUGUGCCCGAGUCUGCUGCUGCAAUGAGACAGGAAUGCUGGAAAGGCUGCCUCGCUGUGGGAAGGCCUUCGCCACUAUGAUGCGCAAAGUGGACGUCUGGAAGUGGUGUAACCUGUCCGAGUUUAUGGUGUACUACGAGCGCUUCACUAACUGCACCGAGGUGGAAACCAUCAUUGUCGGAUGCUACUGGCCCAACCCGCUGGCCCAGAGCUUCAUCACCGGCAUCCACAGGCAGUUCUUUUCCAACUGCACCAGGAAUAGGGGCCACUGGGAGGACCCCCCAGACGAGGUGCUCAUCCCACUGAUUGCAGUGCCCGUCUUGCUGACCGUGGUGAUGGCCGGCCUGGUGGUGUGGCGCAGCAGACGCACUGACCGGCUGCUGUAAGGGCCUGUCUGAUGAAAUGCUGUGCCUGGAAAGCUAGAAGAAUGUUCCGCAGGGCUGCAGGAGCUGAUGGACAGACACUGCCUCUGUCUGGCUUGCUGUAGCGACAUCCUACCUGAUUGUGGAAGAGGCCCCUCUGCUCCAGCUGGUGCAGCCCCUGAUGCCUGACCUGCUGUCUGUCUAGGGCUUAGCUUGCUUACCCAAGCUCUUUGUGUUUUCUUGGGCUAGUGGGUGUUACUGUGUUUGUGUAUUGUGUGCUGGGCAUGGAAAUCAUUUGCUUCUGAGCCCCGAAUUUCCCAGGCUUUCUAGCCAUUUAGUAAAGUCCUGCCCAGCCACCACCCCAGCCCAGGCCCAUUUCCUGUCCUGAUCUAAACCCCAUCACACCCACGUGGAUAAUGCAGGUGAGGCCAUAUGCAAGAUGUUACAUGCAGUGGAACCCAUGUGGAGCCUCCCUGUGGAGGGACCAAGUACAUCCUCCUGUGGACAUGAAGGAUAAACUGGGGACUGGGAAAUAAGGUCGCCAGGAGCCACAUGUGACCUAUAGACUGUCUCCUGCUUGCUCCAUUACAGUUCUUACCAGAAUGGGCUGGAAUUGGGGGCUAGGUCCACCCUCCACAGGGAGCUGCUCUGGGAGUGGGGUGUGGGCCUCCUUCCCUUGGAACAAGGUGCCCCCCGAGUGAAGUGUGUGUAUACAAGUCCUGUGCUCUGUCUGUCCUCUCUGAGUAAAGAGCUUACUUACA